AUGGUUAUAGAGGAACUGAGCGGACCAUCGCAUGAACUCGAUAAACGAGUCGAUAUGGACUCGUGGCCACCGAAGAGUUACACGAAGAGAGCGGCGUUUCCCAAGUCCGCAUCACGCAUCCGUUGGCCAGAAGCUUCGAAAAGACGCAGUCGCAUCGGCCGCGCGAAUACUACCGCAGUCCGCUCUUCCAUUCCGCUGACUCACGAACUCGGCAUAACGGGAGAACAAGAUGAGAUGAACAGCGCAAAUUUAACACCAAACCCAACCAAUCCCAACUCAGAGAAAAGUAUUUCGAACAUUCAUCACCUCGGGAUCCGCUCCAUCAGACACAGAUCAACACGCUCCGCGCCACAGGAGAAAGCCACCAUGGUGAUGGCUGAUGACAACGUGCAGUACACUGAAAGCGAUGUGGUACAACUCACGGAUCUCAUUAAGCCAACAUCACUUAAUGAAACUGAGAAUCUGGAACGAAGUUCAGCGCCUAUUUCGGAGCGCAAGGGGAGAAUAAGGAGUUCGUCGUAUCUUUCUUUAUGCGACUCCUGCGGUAUUACCUCCUGGCUUCCGAAGUGGAUUCUAAUCACAUCCGCCGCUGCACUUUGGGCUUACUUGGCUUACGUGUACUUCAUUUGCCGAAAUCAGCCGCGUUGUAUUGAAUUGAAAAAUCUUACGCGAGCUGUACUAGAAAUACCUGAUGUCCCGCAAAUAGUCCUUGGGUUCACGUUCCUUGCUGGAACGGUUCUCAUCAUCCUCUCGAUCAUUAAGUUUUUGUUCGGAGGCAGCUCACGUAGCAGAAGAUCUCCGCACGACGAUACAAAGCAGCAAACGAGAAAUUCGUCGGCAAUCGUUAUGGUUCCCGAAAACUUCGACCCACCAACUCAAAGCGUCGACAGAUUCGUCCAGCAGCAGCAUCAGGACCGCGGAAAGCCAAGGAGGGCGAAGUACUCCGCCUUUUGAACGCUGAUAAUUCAAAAAUUCAACGCGUUUACUCAUUUACACGCUCUAUUUAUACUUCUCGAACAGUCGGAGCUGCGCUGAAUUCGAAUAAAAAA